GUCGCAGUGCUUAGUGAGCUCCGCGGCCCAACCGCGGCCUCACUCUGAGUAGUCUUCGAGCUCGAGUCUGUCCUCCGCCUCAUCCAGUGCUCCGAACACCUUGCAGCUUUGGGCGAUAGACAGGGGAGACGAGGGAGAGGGCGGACUGUGCGCAUCCCAUCUGAGCGGUUCCUCAAUGUGUGGGGCAAUACGCGAUGCCCGCCAUUACAGACCUGCCGCUCGACGUACUUGAGCAAAUUAUCCUCGAGCUCGACCCAUUGGAUGUGGCGGCGAUCUCGCAGACAUGCUCGGCUUUCUCCACGUACAUCUACUCAUCUUCUGAUACGGAAAGACUCUGGCGCACGCUCUACCUGUCCCAGCCUCUGGACGACCUGCGGAAGUGCUAUGACCAGCUCGGGAACCCUCACGCUGGCCCAGUAGACUGGAUGCGGCACCUGCAACGCGCCAUCCGCGCGCGUACUAUCAUAGGCGACCCUGCGAAGUGCCGACCCGAGGAGCGCUGCAUCGUGCUGCAGACACUUCUAGACCUCGUGGGCAACUUACCGCCUUCGCCCAGCUUCCUCAGUGAAGAUCUGUCCUUAAACCUCGUAUGGCUCGCUGCGUUACUUCGCGGAGGGACGCUCUUGUCCCACGAGCUCUGGGAGCCAUCAGAGGAGGAGCGCCAGCUACGAUCCCGGCUGCAUGCGUACUACGGUCUAACUACCGCCGACUACCGCGCCGAGAACCUCAAGCAAUCUCGAGCGUAUGUCUACGACAUGCGGCGGUAUACGUGGGGCAAUGACUUUGGUCCGUAUUCGAUGGACGGGAGUGGGCGUGUCAAUUGGGAACAUGUACAGGCGGUCCAUCAUCUCAUGUCCAUGCAAGUCGUUCCGCCCCAGGAGGAUGCUGAUGGGGAGCAAACGGUGUUUACGAUCUUCCCGCUAAGUCUGCCGUAUUGCCAGAGCAUCAUCCCCGCGGAUGUGGAUCUUGGUCAAGAGGAUUGGGCAGGGGUCGCGGGUUCGUGGCAGUGCUCGUUCUGUUUCUGUGAUCAUCGACAACUAUUGGUGUUAAACAACUUCAUCUUUAUCGAUGGCGAACCAGAAGGGCCUCAGGGAGACCAACCGUUAACGAUGAGUGUUCUAGAGCGCGAGGACUUUGUCGAGGUCUUCCGGACUAUCAACAUCGAGAUACGGGUGAUCUCUACGGAGACCGAUCCAGCGCACCCUAGUCGCCCGAAAAUCAACUGGGUUGGCUCGAUCGGCCCGUUUGCAACCAUGGUGGGCUCCGUGCACGUAACCCCGGACAAUCAUAUUCGUUGGCAUUUCAAGUCUGGGGAACUAGGCAAUGCGAUGUGGAGCUCGGAGGGCAUACAAAUAGGCGGCGUGCGGUCUAGCUAUGGGAUACUGGGUUCGUGGACUACGGUACACCACGAGCCGCAUGACCCCGUCGGGCCAUUCUGGCUGCGGAAGAUACACCCCUCUCCUCAACGCGACGGAGAGGCUACUAACCAGGAUAUCUGACCGAUAUUUUUGGGACGCGUUGUCGUUCAAAGGCUCUACGGUACAAAGAUGUAGAAGUUUCUUUUUGGGCGAGCGUGGUCUCGUUGCCUGAGCAAUCGCUAUUGCCAGUGGAUAGCUGCCACGGAAUAAUGCUUGGCCCAGUCCUCUCCUUGUGGGACUUGUCUUGAUAUCUGCGCGUCACGAAGCUCGAUAUGGAACUCUGAAGCUAGGUGGGGGCAGUGCGAUCGCCGAGUGCGAUGUUCAAGUAUGUCGAUGUGAGCCUCAGGAAGCCGAUGGAUGGUUAGAUACACAGUAGGGCAUACUAAUACUGAUAAUAAGCAGGUAGUAUCACAUCAGUUAUUGUUACUUAUCGGACUAAGUAAUCGGUCAAUAUUUAGAUAGCAUACAAUGACUACUGAGCCAUCACAUAAUGGAAAUCACCA